GUCCUGCGGGAGGUGCUGUCCGCCGCUCCGCCCGCCCGCCUGCUUCUCGUCAACAACGCCGGCUCCCUGGGAGACAUCUCCAAAUCCUUCCUCGACCUCACUGACCCAGAUGAGAUCAACAGCUACUUUGCCUUCAACGUCACCUCAGCGCUUUGCCUCACCUCCACCGCCCUGCAAGCCUUUGGGCAGCGUCCUGGCUCGAGCAGGAUGGUGGUGAACGUGUCCUCGCUCUGUGCCCUGAAGCCCUUCAAGAACUGGGCGCUGUACUGCAGCGGCAAGGCUGCCCGGGACAUGAUGUUCCAGGUGCUGGCACUCGAGGAGCCCGAUGUCCGUGUGCUCAACUAUGCCCCGGGUCCUCUGGACACGGACAUGCAGCUCUUGGCCAGGACUAAGACUGCAGACCCUGAGAUGCGUCAGUAUUUCCAAAGCCUGCAGGAGAGCGGCCAGCUGAUAGACUGCACCGUGUCAGCCCAGAAGCUGCUGCGUCUCCUGGAGGAGGACACCUUCAGCUCUGGUGCCCACGUGGAUUUCUACAACAUCUGA